AGUCAUUUGAAGAUCGAUUCAUUUAUCUCCUUUGAGUCAAAAUAUAUGUAUGUCUAAGGAGUUACCGUUGGUAGUAUAUAUACUUCCGAUGUGUAAGGUUUUCCGACGAUGGGCAGAUUUGAAGAUCUAUUCAAUGUAUUAAAGAUUCAAGAUCGUAUGUAGUGAAGUGCAAUGAAGAGGCAAAACAGAGCAAAGCGAAAGAUCUAUAGAUCUGUAGAAAUAUAUAUGAAUCUUAUUGAUUCAUGCUCUUAUAAAUGCGUGAUGUUUUAGAGAAUCAUGUUCCUUUAGGGACUAACAAUAUUUGUCACAUUGAAGAACCUUUUGUGAUUCACACAUCAUUCCAAAUUCACUAAACUAGAGAGAAUAUGUCAUUUAGGUUCAUUUCACUUUGAAGAAUAAUUUUGAUACAUGAAUCUGAAUCAGAGUUUCCCAUCUCUAAUACAAAUGCAUUCUAGCUGCUAGUUCACUGCCGCAAAACGAUCGUGUGUCCAUCUAGCAAGUGAACAAGAUCGCUUUCUCUCAUACGUUUGCACGUUUACCUGUGAGUCUUUUAAAAGUUUGCCUCCAACAAAGAAAGAAAUGGAACGAAAAAAAAGCGCCGAGGUUAAACUGUGUUGCCAGCAGAAUGUAAGUGCGAAAGCACAACAAAAGUGAAAGUCACGUAAACCCUGUCCAACCAACCUCUCCUUUUGGCCGACUUGGUGUCUCCGAUUGCUAAGAAAAUGUGUUGUUUUCAUUCCACAAGCACUACAAACGGCGGAUCCGGCCCGUUUGAUUGACCUUCUGCGCGGGCUGUUUGUGUGAGCUUCGAAGUGAAGGAUUUUGGUGUUUACUGUUUUAAACAGAACAACUGCAACCUAUGGACUGUGCUAUGACGAGCAGGUUCAACUACUAACCCUGCGCCGGGGCAGCGUCUCACCAGUGCCAGACGGAACGAUGAACGGGCUCGUGGAAAUUGUUGUAUUCGGUUCUGUGCUAGCUGCCGGAUUUUUCCCACCCGAGGUAAGAGGGAGCAAAAUUUUGUUUUAAUUAUUUAAAUUUAGCACGAAUUGCUUGCAUUUGCUGCAGGUUAAUGGGGAUUUUCUGUACAGCGCGGAACCUUCGCAACACGUGAUGCACAUACGGAAGCUGACGGACAGUGACAAGCUGAGGAUUGAACUCGAGCCGGUAUGGUUUCAUCUCGAGUCGUCCGAUCAAAGCCCAUCGCCGGCAGGUCAGCAAGUGAAACGACAGGCGACCGGCGAACUCGACAUCGUACGACCGAUGGAAAUCUAUCCCAGCGUCGAUGAGCUGAAGCGGCAGCAACGCAAACGCGCACGAGGAUCUCGCUCCGAACCAUCGAUGAACGACAAUGCGGACACGUUUUUGCAACACUUUUGGCACGUGGAAACCGAUCCGAACGGAAUGAUGGAGCAGGAACGAUCGCCAAAACGGUUCAGCUCGCUCGAGCAGCAGUUGGACGAAGGUAAUCUGCCGAGCUGCUUCCGGAAGUAUCUGCACGAGGUGUACGAUCGCAACAACCGAAGCGUGCGCAAGCUGAUGCGCUGUCUGGCGCAACAGUCGGAGGAGAGUUGCAAGGCGGCAAGACGUCCGCAGCGCUAUUUGGCGCCGCACUAUUCGAGCAGUGAGGAGAAGGACACGAACGAGGAGCAGGAACAGGAGGAGAUGGCAGACGAAGACUACGCUCGCGACAAGCCCUGUGCGAGGAAGGUGAUGCGGAGGCGGAAGUAUGCCGAGCGGGCUGAUUCGUCGGAAGAAGAAAACGCGUCCAAGGAGCAGCUAAAGUUUGAGCAACUUUUUAUCCGCUCGGAUGGUGACUCUGGUGGGGCCAUUUUUGAGCCCACAGAGGAGGAGGAGCUGGAAUCCUCUCGGGGUGAUGGUACGGUAGAAAGCACUUCGUCUGAUGAGCCGAAGAGCGAUGGUGUGGAGACCAAGCCCGGGGAGUCGAAUGAAUCGCGGGAGCGGCUGUAUACGCGGGACGGUCGUUUGCGUCCCGUUGCGUACCGGCGGAUGCCGCAGAAGUACAACACGCGAAGGCGAAAGUCGUCGGCCAGUUCGGAGGAAUCGAAGCAAGACUGUAGUGGGGAGGAAUGUGAUAAUGAUGGAUCGUGGGAGUAUUAUUGAGUUUAGUGAAACUGUUUGUUAAAUUAUUGUUAUAAACUGCUAUAGAAUAGGAAAAAUGGCACGCACGAAUUAGGAUUGCAACGUAUUUAUUAUGUGAAAAUUUAUUUAAAUAAAGAUAACAAAAAUAAGAGUACUACUAAGCCACUAAAACACAA